AUGGAAGGCGCCUUUACUCAUGUAGGCAAUCAUCUUGUAUCCGACUCAGCCGCUGCCAUCAAGGCCGGUGCGGAUGACUUAUCUGCGCUCGAUCCCGACGAGAGCUUGCUUUAUGGCAAGUACGGGAGCAAUCGAAGUGGCCGGCGUCGCGCCGAUGACGAUGAUAAUCAGACCGAGGCUUUCGAGGAAGAUGAAAACGACAGCCUCAACAGCGUACCUGUGGAGGGUAUGAGUGAUCUCAAACUCAAGAAUGUCGACGAGAACAAGGAGCUUCCUCCGCACGCUUGCGCUUAUUGUGGUAUUCACUCGCCUGCCUGCGUUGUCAAAUGUCUGACUUGCAACAAGUGGUUUUGCAGCGCGAAGGGCAAUGGAACGUCCACUCACAUUGUGAAUCAUCUAGUCCGAGCGCGACACAAGGAGGUUCAGCUUCAUCCCGAGUCGCAACUAGGGGAUACGGUUCUGGAGUGUUACAACUGUGGUGUAAAGAAUGCUUUUGUGCUAGGAUUCAUUCCCGCGAAAUCCGACACAGUAGUUGUUUUGCUGUGCCGUCAGCCAUGCGCAUCUAGCACUUCGACUAAGGAUAUGAACUGGGAUAUUUCGCGAUGGGAACCUCUCAUCGAGGAACGGGCAUUUCUUACUUGGCUCGUCAGUCCGCCAUCUGAUGUUGAACAGCUUCGUGCUCGCCAUCUCUCGCCCAACACAAUCGCCAAACUGGAGGAGCUGUGGAAAGUCCAACCCGCCGCAACGCUCGAAAGCUUGUCAUUUGCAUCCAAUAUUGACGAUGACCCGGACCCAGUCCUGCUGAGAUAUGACGAUCCGUAUCACUACCAGAACAUCUUUGGGCCUCUGGUCAAGAUGGAGUCUGACUAUGACAAGAAACUGAAGGAGGCGCAAUCUGAAGAUGGCCUUAUUGUUCGAUGGGACUAUGGUCUCAACAACAAGCACCUUGUCAACUUCAACUUACACAAGAUUGAAUCUGGAGACGUCAAACUCGCGGUUGGCGAUGAAAUGAGACUUCGAUAUAAUGGCGAUCUUCGUGAGCCAUGGGAGGGUGUCGGAUACGUCAUCAAGAUCCCAAACAGCCAAUCCGACGAAGUUAGCUUGGAAUUGCGCAAGACUGGAAACGACAAGCUUGUGCCUACCGAUCUAUCUCAUAAUUUUUCUGCGGACUAUGUUUGGAAGGCAACUUCGUACGAUCGUAUGCAGUUGGCCAUGAAGACGUUUGCCGUCGAUGACAUGAGUGUCUCUGGUUACAUCUUUCACACCCUCCUGGGCCACGAGGUUCAGCUACAGCCAGUGCACUCAAAGCUACCUAAAAAGUGGUCUGUGCCUGGGCUGCCUGAACUCAACCAAAGCCAGGUCGACGCUAUCAAGUCUGUCCUGCAAAAGCCGUUGAGUCUUAUUCAAGGCCCCCCCGGAACUGGGAAGACGGUGACAUCUGCAACCAUCAUUUACCAUCUUGCCAAGAUGACCUACAAUCAAGUACUCGUCUGUGCACCAUCAAACGUUGCCGUUGACCAGCUUUGCGAGCGAAUUCACGACACCGGUCUGAAGGUCGUCCGACUCACAGCGAAGUCUAGAGAGGAUGUCCAGUCCUCUGUCAGCUUCCUAGCCUUGCAUGAGCAGGUCAGGUUGUUGGAACAUAAUAGCGAAAUCGUCAAGCUGUCACAGCUCAAGAAUGAUGUCGGAGAACUUUCAAGCCAAGACGAGAAAAAGUUCAAGCAGCUCACUAAAGCGGCUGAGCGGGAAAUCCUCAACAACGCAGACGUUGUUUGCUGCACUUGCGUUGGUGCUGGCGACCCUCGUUUGUCCAAGAUGAAGUUCCGAAAUGUGCUCAUCGACGAGUCUACACAGUCUGCGGAGCCCGAGUGUAUGAUUCCACUGGUGCUUGGCUGCAAGCAAGUUGUUCUUGUCGGAGACCACAAGCAGCUUGGGCCCGUAAUUAUGAAUAAGAAGGCUGCAAAGGCUGGCCUUAACCAGUCUCUGUUUGAAAGGCUGAUCAAACUCCAACUUGCCCCUAUUCGACUGACUACACAGUACCGAAUGCACCCAUGUCUUUCAGAGUUUCCCUCAAACAUGUUCUACGACGGUAGCUUGCAAAACGGCAUCACUCACGAGCAGCGUUUACGAAAGGAUGUGGAAUUCCCUUGGCCGAUGGCAGAGACUCCCAUGAUGUUCUGGUCGAAUCUCGGUAACGAGGAAAUUUCUACCUCGGGAACCUCGUACCUCAACCGCACCGAAGCCUCCAAUGUGGAGAAGACGGUGACUCGAUUUUUCAAAGCCGACGUUGCGCCGUCGCAGAUUGGUGUUAUCACUCCGUAUGAGGGCCAGAGGAGUUACAUUGUCACUACGAUGCAGAACUCGGGUUCAUACAAGAAGGAGCAGUACAAGGAGGUAGAAGUCGCGUCUGUCGACGCAUUCCAAGGUCGCGAGAAGGAUUUCAUUAUCCUCUCGUGUGUCCGUUCCAACGAGAAUCAGGGCAUUGGUUUCCUGUCCGACCCUCGUCGUUUGAACGUUGCACUCACACGGGCCAAGUACGGUCUGGUGAUCCUGGGCAACCCCAAGGUUCUUUCAAAACACGAGCUUUGGCAUAAUCUGCUCGUCCACUUUAAAGAUCGCAAGUGCUUCGUGGAAGGCCCUCUCACGAACCUUCAGGCCUGUCUGUUGCAAUUUAGCCGACCCAAGGUCAGUUUCCGUCAGAAGAACAACUACCAGUCUCAGUACGGUGCCAGCAGAUACACCAAUGGACGCCUCAACAACAGCGGCACUCCAGGUCGUGACUUUGACUCUGGAUCUAUGAUGUCGUACAUUCCGGACGAUGUUUCCUCAGUCCAAGGCUCCGCUUUCGGAGGUGCUGCGCUCAACUCUGCAUUCCCCCCCAUGUUCUCCAGCUUCACACCGGAACAAUGGCCCGGGCUUCCAGGAGUACAUGGUCGAGGCAACAAAGGGCGCGGCCGCGCAACAGAGAGUGUUGCGGGCGAGAGCGUCGCCAACUCUGAACUUACGGACACGACGGCCAGCGUUAUUGGAGGCAAGGGGAUCAGCCAAGGCGGUGUCAGCCUUGGAUCUGGAUUACACGAUGCAGUUACGGGAAUGCGGCCGGUCUCAUACACGCAAAGUGACAGACUUAAGCAAUAUGUUGAGAGUAAUGGGCGAAUCGCACCGGGCAGCGGCUUUGGCCGACGAUACGACGACGACGAGAAGAGCGUCAGCACUGCCUUUCAUAGUCAGAUUGGCGGGGGCUACGACUGA